GGGUAUGAAUUCUCUUCUCUUUGCAUUCCUUGCCCUUGUAUUUGGGGCUCCAUCUCAGGUCAGCCCCACGCAACUUGACGGUGUUCUUGUGGAGAUAACUUACCUCUCAAAGGCAAAGUCAUUGGGCGCAGUCUGCUUGGAUGGAAGCGUCCCAGCUUACCAUAUUGCGCCAGGAGGAGCAAACUGGCUCAUUAGUCUGGAGGGUGGAGGGUGGUGUGAGUCCGAGCAAUCUUGUGCUGCUAGAGCUGGAACUGCUCUGGGGAGCUCGGUCAACAUGCAAGGCUUUGCAGCGUUUAGUGGUCAGCUCAGCUCCGACCCCAAAGUCAACACCGACUUCCACAACUGGACCCAUGUUUUUGUGAGGUACUGCGAUGGAGCUUCUUUCAGUGCCGAUGUUGCUGAGCCCCUCACUCUACCCUCCGGUCAGGUUUUGUAUUUUCGAGGGAAAAGGAUUUUCAAAGCUGUAAUUGAUGAGCUCAAAUCCAUGGGAUUGAGCGACGCCACCCAGGUUCUUCUGUCGGGCUGCUCGGCUGGAGGAUUAGCCACAGUGCAUCGUUGCAAUGAGUUGCAAAGCUUUCUUCCUCGAAUCAAGCUCAAAUGCCUCAGUGACGGUGGAUUCUUCCUUAAUGUAUCAGACAUCAGUGGCAACUACUCAAUGUCUAGCUAUUACAACAGUGUGGUGAAACUGCACCAGCUAGAAAAGACACUGGAUUCCUCUUGUGUUUCUUCUAGAGCUGCCACUGAGUGCUUCUUCCCACAAACAAUGAAAGCGUUUGUCCAGCCUCCACUUUUCCUGCUAAACGCCGCAUACGAUUACUGGCAACUAGAGCACGUAAAAAAGAUCCCAAGGGAUCAAUACGUCUCCUGUAUGAACUCGCUGUCAUGCCCGGCGGUGAAAAAACUCCAGGAAUUCCGGACGAGCAUGAUCGGCGCUCUUUCGGCGUCAGACUGGAACUACAAGAGCUCGCUGGGAGUUUUCUUCGACUCGUGCUUCACGCACUGCCACGCCCGUGGGGACGACAAAUGGAACAAUAUCCAAGUCAAUGGAAAGUCAGUGUCGCAAACAGUAGGCGAUUGGUACUUUGAUCGCGAUCCACCACAACUGGUAAUUGAUUGCGCAUUUCCUUGCAACCCAACAUGCAUUCCAGUCUUCGAUUGAAAAUGCUCUGUUUUAGGGUUGUAGAGUGAGUGCUCUGUUUUAGGGAUUUAGAAUUUGCUCUGCGUUUAGGGUUCUUGAGAAACUUACAUGUGCGGUGACCAGAAACCACAUGCCCCAUCACAUGGGUACAUAAAGCUGCAAAUUUAAUGCGCGAAAAAGCUCUCCUAUAACUUGUUCGCGAGAAAUUAUAGCCACAUUCUUUCUCCAAGUUUGCUUGCUUGGACGCUUUCGAUUGUUUCUCCAAGUUUCUUGAAAGAAUGAGGCUUGUGUUGUUCUUGAUCGCGAUCACAACGAUCAUACCGCACACCAAUGGGCAAUGCAUAUACAUGGUGGAAGUUUCCACUGGCGAUCGCGAAGGCGCGGGCACCGACGCCGACGUCUUCCUCCGCCUGGCCAACUCCGCCGAUCAAUCCCUCAACUUCCAGCUCCAGCGCCCCGGGAACAACUUCGAGCGCAAUGCCGUGGAUCGAUUCGUGGCCACCAACGCUUGCAUCGGCCGGAUCUGCAAGGUGGAGGUGACCCAGAACGGCAAGUACCCGAGCUCCUCGUGGUACGUCAAGGGCCUCAACGUCUCGGUGAGGCAAUCCGGGAGCAACAAGUGCGUGAGCCGCGAGAUCUUCACGAUCGAUCAGUGGGUGCGAGACCCAGUGAUGGAGCGCGCUGGGAAUGGAUUCAAGACCAAGUAUCACUGGAUGCCGGCUUCCAAUUGCGACCAUGGAGCGCUUCCCAAUCCUCGCUGCUAGAACGAAGCUCCAAUCCAGGGCCAAGCAAAGUCUUAUCCUUGUACGUAGUGGUGUCAGUGAUUGAAGGGGGAGGAAAAGAGAGAUCCCGGGGAAAAACUCCCGGAGAUCUAGUUUAUAAUAAUGUUACUUUCGUGUCAGGGGAAGUUUAUAGCGCUUUGGGAUAUGGACAAAUUUUCGUGAUCUUAACUAAGAGAAGUUCUCCAAAA